UCGUGUCAAUGAACAGGUUAGGAAGCAGGCCAGAUGGUGCUAUGUCGUUUCGUCCUUCCCAAAGACCAAGGUGACAGUUGCAUUAUUUCAGUUGUGACGUCAACAUAUGUCUGCGCAAAUUUCAUCAACAAACUGAGCUGCUGCAUCCAGUAAGGAAGCUAUGAAGCGGCAUAGCCAUUUAUGGCUUUGGAUUGGGAUAUGUUCUGUGACGAGUUUAGUCCAAGCGUCGAUAAUUGACAAUCAAAUCGAUAAUGGUAUCCAAAAAAUUCAUUUGCAACCCAAGUCUCCUGCAAUCGAACUGCCAGGUGAGGUGGACAUUCUAACCCUGAUGAAUGUUUCUGACAAAGACACUGGUGUAUCCCUUGUCGAAGGCCCAAUACAGCAAUUUCCAGCGUUCAAGUUCAGGCAACCAUACGGAAACGUACCAAUACUCAACUCCUCAGAAAUAAGAACGGCAAUAAAUAAUUCCAAUGGAUUCACAGCUGUGUUUGUCUACAGACAGCAGAAGAACAAUUUGGGCACACUGUUAUCAGUUAAUUCUCCUGGCAGAUUGACACCCUGGUUUCAACUAACUUCAAACUCUAAAACUGGACUGAUCAGUUUGAAAUAUAAGCUCAAUAGUUCAGAGAAGCUGAGGCAGAUGGACUGGGUGUCGCCUAGGCAACAAAGGAAAUCGCCCAUUGCAGCAUGGACUUGGUUAGCUCUUACAAUGGAUUUUAACUCAGAUCUUGUUCGAUUAGAUUUGGAUUGUCUACCCAGCAUAUUUGAAUCAAUCAAAUUCAGAAAUAAAUAUAGUGGAAUAAAUAUUCCUGACGAUGCCUUGGUUUAUUUCAGACAAGAGCCUGGAAGGAAGAAAAAAUUUCUGGGUUCUAUUCAAGUAGCGAAAGUACUCCCUUACAUUACUAAUAGGAGGUUGUGGGCUUGCUAUCAAAUCUCCAAAGAUUCGAACCUAGGAGUUCAAAAGCCCAUAUUGGAAUAAUUGUGAUAUGAAUUGAAGGAUUCAAGGAGCCGAAAUUGUUUAUAGAUAUACACCAAUAGGUUUAGGAAUCAACCAUUUUUCUUAUAUUAUCGAAUUGUUAUUGCAUUUUGAAAAUUAAUAUCCUUAUAUUUAUAAGAGUUUGAAUAAAUAAUUUUAUUUGAAAAA